GCUAAAUUAAGAUUCUAUCAAAUUCUUGUCCAAAAUUCUCAUAAUUAUACUCUCUUUCCCUUCAACUGAUAUCGAUCAUGGCGGCCUACGCAGCCUUGGUUUCUCUAAUGCAUAUCAUAGACGACCUCGAGCGCCACCAUUCCCCUCCGAUUUCUCUCAACAAACAACAAGUUCAAUCGCUCACUGAAAUUAUCACGUUCUUGCAGGAGUUUCUCGAAGCUAAUAACUCCCCUGUUUCCGACGAACCAGAUCCCUUGGAGAUGCGUAUUGCAGAUGCAGCUUAUGCAGCUGAAGACGCCAUCGAAUCUCAUAUCGUGGCCAAGAUUCAGCUGAGCAGAUCCAGAGAAGCUUAUAACUCUCCUGUUUCCGACGAAGCAGAUCCAGAGGAUCCGAAAACUGUCUCAUCAAAUCAUGAUGAUGAUGAUGAUGAAGAGAUGAACUUGUUUCAAGAUGUGCAAAAUGUGAUACAGGAAAUGGAUCAGAUCAAGAGUUUGGCGAUGCAGAGGAAUACAGAGAAGAUGGUGCUCCAUGAUAAGCGGCGUAGCUUCGUCUCUGCUUCUUCUUCCACUGGGAAGAACAGCAGUGGCAUGGUGGUGUGGUCCGAGGGUGUCGUGAAUGGAAUCUUGGAAAUGCUCGUUUCGGACCAACGCCAGCGCCAAGUCAUCCCGAUCACAGGAAUGGGCGGGAUAGAACCUUCGAGUGAUGAUGUCGUAGUCAUGGAGAAUCUACUGGUGCUUGAGGGAAUAGCAAAUUUCAAGUGCAGUGAAGAGGUGGUUAAGAGAAUUCCAAAUAUCAAAAAAUUGGGGAUAGUGUAUAUUGGGAGAGGGGGAAUCGAGCAAGAUGAUUAUUAUUGUCUGAACAAUAUCAAACGUCUGUGUAAAUUGGAAUCCCUCUACAUAUGGUGCUGGUAUAAUUUUGGAGCUUCUCUGUAUGCGCUCACAUUCCCCCAAAGCCUCAGGAAGUUGACUCUUGAGAUGAAUCGUGGCUUUGAAUGGGAAAAAAUAUUGGAAAAGAUAGGUUCAAUGCCCCUUCUCGAGAAGUUCAAGUUGGAAAUGGGAUGCUUUGGAACAGGCAAGUGGGAAAUGGUUGAAGGCCAAUUCCCUUCCCUCAAAUACUUGGGAUUGGGUUCGUGUCGUAGUUUGGAGCAUUGGACUGUGGAAUCGAACUCCAUCUUUCCACGCCUUGAGACACUUCAUCUUUAUGAUAUGCAAGAGUUGAAGGAGAUCCCGACUCAAAUUGGAGACAUACCGACGCUGCAAAAGAUAACGAUGAGCGAUUGUGGCGAAUCUGCUGUGAUGUGCGCAAAGGAGAUCGUAGAGGAACAAGUGGAAUUACAAGGGGAAGAUCUUCCAUUUCAUGUUCAAGUUAGGCUUUCGCGUAAGAACGAAGCAGUGCAGAGCUUGGCAGGCCCCAACUUCGAAGUUAUAUGUAAUAGCUCUAGUUAGGUUUUACCACCAUUAAUAUCUCUCUUGCUUUUGUGUGUUUGCUUAUUUUUCUUCAAUCAGUACCUGUGAGUGUGUGUAUGCGUGAGAAAUGUUGAAGAAGAAGGGGGUGGGUUUGUUUUUAAAAAAUGGAAAUAGGUUUGGGCUUUUAGUUGUGGGCCGAUUUUUUUUAUAAUCCUGUUGGGCUGCAUUAUUAUUUAUUUUAAAGCAUGGGCUGCGAAUUUUAUAUA